AUGGCGUCCCAAUCCCCAUCGAUCGAGGUGCAGAACCUCUCCUAUAAAUUCCAAGAUGGGUCCGCGGGGCUACAAGACGUGCAAUUGAGUCUUCCACCUGGAAGCCGAACGCUACUAAUCGGCGCAAACGGAGCCGGCAAAACCACUCUGCUACGCCUAGUCUCAGGCAAACGCCUAGCACCCAACGACACAAUUGCCGUGGGCGGCAAGGACCCCUUCAAAGAGGGCCUGGACGGAGUCACCUACCUGGGCGUUGAGUGGGUACUGAACAGCAUUGUCCGCACCGACAUCGACGUGCCAACUCUACUCUCCUCCGUGGGCGGCGAUGUCUACACAGAGCGCCGCGACGAGCUAGUCGACAUCCUCGACAUCGAUCUGAGCUGGCGCAUGCACGCCGUUUCCGACGGUGAGCGCCGUCGUGUCCAGCUAGCCAUGGGUCUUCUGCGUCCCUGGCAGGUCCUUCUCCUCGACGAAAUUACCGUCGAUCUGGACCUGCUUUCCCGGAGCAAUUUCCUCGCGUUCUUGAAGCGUGAGACGGAGACUCGCGCUUGCACGAUCGUUUAUGCGACGCAUAUUCUGGACAAUCUUGCGCAGUGGCCGACUCAUCUUGCGCAUAUGCAUCUGGGUAGGGUCAAGGCGUGGGGUCCUGUUGAGCAAUUCUAUCGCGAAAUCCCGCAGUGGACGUCUGAGAAUAGCCGGCUGGGAGAGUUGGUUCUGAAGUGGUUGAAGGAGGAUCUUGAUGCUCGUGGUCCGCGGAAGGGCCGGUCGACGGAGGGCAAGACUUACCAGUCUCUUGAGGGGUUGGGAGGGUAUGGACUUGAGAAGCGCAGUUAA